UAUAAUGUUACACAGCUGAUAGAAAACACAGUAAAAAUGCAGGACCAAAUGCUUGAACUGUGUCUCAAGCGCCACGAGCUGUACAGGCUCGAGAAUAUUCAUGAGAUACUGGGACUCCCAGAGAGGCCAAUCGCAUUGGAUGACGACACGUCGACCGAUACACCACUCAAUAAUGUGAAUGAAGUGUGCAAAGAUUUGGCAAAAAGGUUCCGUGAGAACCAUGGCGGGAAAGCAGAUAUACUGGAACUAUUUGAAAUCCUGGAACAGGACAGCAGAACAAAAGAUAUUGCAGCUACAUAUGUGAAGUGGUAUUCAUCAGAGAUGAGUCGCCGCCUUGUGAUUACGUAAACUAUGAAUUAUUGAUGAUAAAACCUAUCACGUUACCGAGUUUGUCGUGAAUAAUAUUUUGUUACAUACCACAUUCGGUCUUCAUGUAAUCUAAAACUACUGUAAAAAUGGAAAUUGAUACAUGUCAUUUCAACGAAUUCGACCCAAUACACGAGAAUCAACGUAAUAUUAAUUUAGCUAAAGUGUCAACAAUCAUUCAUUAUGAGAAUGUACUUAAUGUUAAAUUAGGAACAUCAUGAAUUAGCAAAAUUAUAGGAUGAAUUAA